GAUUUCGAGCGUUUUUUGUUGUUUUUCUUUUCUAUAAUAAUUAUUACAAUUUUUGGUUAGCGUUUACAUGAAUACAUAUACAAGGUUUACGUGUAGGUAUAGGUAUCUAUUAUAGGUACCCUGUUAUCUCAUUGAAAAACUAAAUCUAAGGUAUUACUAGUUUGACAAAAUGAAAAUACUGCAGAAUAAGUUUGACGAUAAUCGUGUGAUCAUGUCUCAGAUGAAAUUCAUUAGCGAUGCUGACCGAGCUGUGGAGGACGCUUUGGUCGGAUUGAAGUGCGCUUACCCUGCAUUAUACGUUGAUAAGAAAAAUCGCAUCGUGUUGUCUAAUCAGAUUUCGAAAAAUCGUGUUGCUCUGUUAUCUGGUGGAGGAUCCGGUCAUGAGCCUUUUUCCAUUGGGUUUGUUGGAGAUGGGAUGUUAUCCGGAGCUGUUGCUGGGCUCGUAUUCGCAUCUCCGCCAACGAGAACGAUUUCAGCUGCAAUUCGUGCGCUGGCUGAACAGAAUGGAAAUUCCGGAGUAUUGGUGAUCGUGAUGAAUUACACUGGAGAUAUUUUAAAUUUUGGAUUAGCGUUGGAAAGUGCGAGAUCAGAAAAUAUAGAUGCCGAAAUGGUAGUAAUCAGCGAAGACUGUUCGAGAAUAAAUGAAGAAGUUCAAGGCGCAGGUCGCAGAGGAUUGUGCGGAAAUUGCUUCAUUUUCAAGAUCGCUGGCAAUAUGGCGAAAUGUGGAAUUAAAUUAUCCUACAUUGCUGCGGAAUGCCGUCAAAUCAAUGAUUUCAUGAGUACUUUAGGAGCAACUGUAUCUUCAUGUACUGUACCGGGUGUCGGAUCCUUAUUUAGUUUAGGACCAGAUGAAGUCGAGAUAGGUUUAGGCGUUCAUGGAGAAAUAGGAACAUGCCGAAGAAAACUAUGCACAAUUGAUGAACUUGUGAACCUGAUGGUAUCAAAAAUAGCGCAAUCGUUACAUUUGGCAGCUGGUUCAAACGUAUGUGUAGUCAUAAAUAAUUUGGGCUCGAUUUCGCAUUUGGAACUAGGAAUAAUUUGCAACAAAGUUUACAACUGUCUGACUGAAUCGCAAAUCACUACGUGUCGUUUAUACAGCGGCUCUUUUAUGACCUCCUUGGAUAUGGCCGGAUUUCAAAUCAGUGUAUUAAAUAUAACCGAACAUCCCGAAUGGUUAGAGCAUUUAGAUUCGAACACGAGUGCCCCUGGUUGGCCAAGUACUUGCAUAAGCAUUCCAAUUCCCAUGAAUGAAAAUCGAAUCGCGAUUAAAAACAACAAUUUAGAGCUUAACAAGAUUGGGCCAAAGUUAUCGGCCAAUGAAGCUUCUCUGUUUGAAAAAUGCUUGUGUUCUAUCGCAAAUGUUUUUAUUCAAAAAGAAGAAUUUUUGAAUAAAUUGGAUACGUUUUCCGGAGAAGGAGAUAUUGGUUCAGCUUUACGACGUUUUUCCGAAUGUAUACUGCAAAAUAUGCCGAAAUUGGAUUUGGAAUACCCAGCUGUAUGUUUUUUCCAUAUGUCGAGACUGAUGCAAAACAUCGGAGGGCAGUCGUGUACUUUGUAUAGUAUAUUACUGGCAUCGGCAACCAGAUAUUUAGCAUCCACAUCCAAAAUGGACUGGUUGAAAAUGUGGAAAAGUUCUCUAGAUUCGCUCGUGUGCUAUAGUAAAGCUAAAAUCGGCGAUCGAACAAUGGUUGAUGUAUUGGUACCGGUUUAUGAUACAUUUUGCAACAACAUAACUAAUAAAAAAGAAGUUUUAACCGCAUUCGAGGAAGCAGUUAAUGUAGGAAAAAUUAAUUGUGAGAAAACACGAUUUAUGAAAGCAAGAGCUUCUACAUCUUCUGCUGAAAAUGAAGAAGAGUCCGAUGAAGUUGAGUGCGGUGCGUUUGCCACAACACUGUGGUUGGAAGCGAUUCACAGAACCAUACACAAUUAUUUUUUCGAAUAAGAAUAUUUUUUAUUUAUCGAACUGUUUUUUUUUAAGUUAAUGCUUAAGUUAAAUAAUUUUUUUUUAUAAUUUUUUUCCGAAUGUGUGAUUUAGAUGUAGCCGUUUGUGCAAUAAAAUGUCUGUGAUGUUUGUUAAAAUA